CGAAAACCACCUAAACCCCUAAAACCCAGAACCCCAAAAAUGAACAUCUUCUUCACCUAUUCCUCCCAUUUCCUCAAACCCAACUCCAAAACCCUCCACCCCAUCCCUCUCCUCCUCCUCCACAACCUCACCUCCACCAGACCCAUCUCCAAAUCCACCUCCAUCCCCAAGAAAAUGGACCGCGUCCGCGACCACGGCUACGACAACUACAUGGAAAUCGAGAAGAAGAUCCGCAAAGUCCUCAAAUUCCAGGCCCUCAUUCUCUCCCAGCCCCACCAAAUCAUCCAAGCCUCUCGCCUCGACAUGCUCGCCCGCCGCCUCGGCUUCAAGCAGCACGAGGCCGCCGCCUUCGUCCUCAAGUUCCCUCACGUCUUCGAGAUUUACGAGCACCCGGUUCAGCGCGUCCUCUAUUGCCGGCUGACCCGAAAAGCCCACCUCCAAAUCGAGCAGGAGAAGCGGGCCCUGGCGGCCCAGGUCCCCGACGCCGUGACCCGGCUCAGGAAGCUGGUGAUGAUGUCCAAUACGGGUCGGAUCCGGCUCGAGCAUGUUCGGAUUGCCAGGUAUGAAUUCGGGCUACCCGAUGAUUUCGAAUACUCUGUAGUUCUCAAGUACCCUGAGUAUUUCAGAUUGUUUGAUGCUGAUGAGACUAGGAGUAAGUACAUUGAGGUAGUUGAGAAGGACCCAAGUUUAGCUGUUUGUGCUAUAGAGAAGCUUAGGGAGAGAGAGUAUAGGGAGAAGGGGGUUGAUGCUGAGGAUAUAAGGUUUUCAUUCAUUGUGAAUUUUCCGCCGGGGUUUAAGAUAGGGAAGUAUUAUAGGAUUGCGGUGUGGAAAUGGCAGAGGGUGCCGUAUUGGAGUCCUUAUGAGGAUGUUUCGGGGUAUGACAUGAGGUCGCUUGAGGCGCAGAAGAGGAUGGAGAAGAGGGCCGUGGCGGUGAUUCAUGAGCUGUUGAAUUUGACCGUGGAGAAGAAGAUUACGUUGGAGAGGAUUGCACAUUUUAGAAUGGCGAUGAAUCUGCCGAAGAAGUUGAAGGAGUUUCUUCUGCAGCAUCAGGGGAUUUUCUACAUUUCGACUAGGGGGAAUCACGGGAAGCUUCAUACGGUGUUUCUUAGGGAGGCUUAUAGGAAGGGUGAGUUGGUAGAGCCGAAUGAUUUGUAUUUGGCGAGAAGAAAGUUGGCUGAGUUGGUGUUGAUGAGCCCAAGGAAGGCGAAAAUGGAUAGUGAAUUGGUUAGUUACCAUAGAGACUGGGGAGAUGAUGAGAGGGGGUUCGUUGGAAGAGAAUGUGGUGAGAAUGCUUUUGAAGAUUUUGGGGGUUGCAAUGAUGAUAGGCAGAGGAGGGACUCGAAUGCGGGUGAUGAUUAUGACUCCGAUACAGACGGUGGUUCUGAUAAAACUCUGGAUGAAGAGGAUGUCCGUGUAACGGAUUGAUUGAGACAACAUUUAUUUGCACUUCGAAGCAUCAUAACCAUGGGAGUUGCAAUGUGGUGAUGGUACUAGGAGAUUGAAAGUGAGUGGGACUUUGAUCACCACUUUGCAGGCCAAGGUUUUGAGAUUGAAGGCUGCAGUCACAAGAAAAAGCCACAACGAGGUUCUUUUCUGGGUUUGAUUUAGAUCGUUUCUUUGCUUCGGGAGAAUGGAAAUGUGAAUUCUGGAAAUUACUGUGGGCAGGGUUAAGUAGGAAUUCAAAGAAAAGCAUGCUAAGGCUGGCACAGUGUAUGAUGCAAAGAUUUGGUGGGGGGGGGUUUGUGGCUUAUCAGUGCGCCCGUGGGACAAACUCUGUAUUGAUAAUUAGUGGCAAUAUGAGGGUUAUGGUGCAUCAGAGUUUGGUGGUCGGUGAGCCAUCUGGUUUCGUGUUGAGUGCUGCAACAUCUGUUUGGAUGCCAGUGUCAAGGUCAAGGCUGUUUGGAUGCCAGUCUCAAGGUCAGCUGCCGUCCACUGCAAGCCAUGUAACAGAUUGACAAGGAUCACGGAUGUGGCAAACAGUGUUUCUCUCUUUAAUGCCAAGUGUCUUGAUGUCAAUAACAAUAAUUACAUGCUGAUGUUCCAAGAGACGAGGACGGACGCUUCAGGGUCAGCAGUUGUGUAUGCACUGAUUACUCCAACAAGUUCAGAUAUCAUGAUGGAUGUCGUGUACGAGGGUGGUGAUUCUACUUAUGUAGAUCUCUUACUAUCAGGAUUUGCAAUCCUUCCUUGUGGUACAUCUGACUAUGCCAAAGGCGAAGGAAACGGCUCUGAUGACGGUGGAUGUCUGCUGACAGUUGGAUUCUGAAUCGUGUGUGAUUGGUGGCCAACCAACAUCCAAGCUCACUAUGCAGUCGGUUAAGACUAAAUUGAUCUCAUCUCCCCCACCAUUCAGAAGAUCAAAACUGGCUCUUCAAAUAAAUGAUGGCCCUUGAAAUACAUGAUGUUUAUGACUGUUUAGCAUAGUUUAGUUUACCCUGUCUUUGUCUUUUGUGUUUUGAGAAAAGAAAAUACAGGAGAUGGAUGUAAAGUACAACCUUUGCAUUCAAGGGUUUCGAGUCAAGAACGAACUGCAUUUGGAGUACUGUUUUACGCUGAUACCGGUGCUCUUGCUUAUUAGGGAUUAAUGGUCUGAUUUUAAGCUCAAAAGAACAAAGGUUCGGGUGCGAUAUGUUUAUUGCAUUUGUUGGUUAUACCAUACAGAACUGUGGAAUUGGAGCAGCGGCCACUUGUUUUUGCUAAAUGUUAGUAUUCUCUAUUUUUGUUUGGUUCGUCUACAUCUGGUUUAUUGUAUUG